UAUGGUAAUAUGUCUUUAAAGACUAACAUAAAUUGUUGUUAUACUCACGUCUAUCAACGUUUUGUCUCCCAAAGUACAUAUUUGCCCUCUAUAUUUUGACAGAGGCUCCACCCCAAUCCCCUUUUAAUAAAUGUGAUGGUGCAUGCAGGAAAGACAGCCAUUUUGCACCGUCCCUGUUUCACCCAGAAAGUAGGUUGUCGUGGGAAGACGUAAUCUGAGAAAACGAACUAAUUCCCAAAUCCCACUAAACAAGCAUUCACCUUUGUCAGCACACCAUACCUACUCAGUUCCCUCAGUUUGAGAAAGGGGGCAUCGAGGGUUGACGGGAGCAACGUUUAAGAAAAGCAAGGCCACAGAGAGGAACCAAGAAGAUGAAUGGGUCUCUGGACCACCCAGACCAGCCCGACAUUGAUGCUAUAAAGAUGUUUGUGGGUCAGGUCCCCCGGACGUGGUCAGAGGAUCAGCUGCGUGAGCUGUUUGAGCCCUAUGGUGCAGUUUAUGAAAUCAAUGUUCUUCGGGACAGGAGUCAGAACCCCCCACAGAGUAAAGGUUGUUGUUUUGUCACAUAUUACACCCGUAAAUCUGCGUUAGAAGCACAAAAUGCCCUUCACAACAUGAAGAUUCUUCCAGGGAUGCAUCAUCCCAUACAGAUGAAACCUGCAGACAGUGAAAAAAACAAUGCGGUAGAAGAUAGAAAGCUGUUUAUUGGAAUGGUUUCAAAGAAGUGUAAUGAGAAUGACAUCAGGCUCAUGUUUUCUCCAUACGGUCAAAUUGAGGAGUGCCGUAUACUGAGAGGCCCUGACGGACUGAGCCGCGGCUGUGCCUUCGUCACAUUCACAGCGAGACAGAUGGCCCAGUCUGCAAUCAAAUCCAUGCACCAGUCACAGACCAUGGAGGGCUGCUCUUCUCCCAUCGUGGUGAAGUUUGCAGACACACAGAAGGAUAAGGAACAGAAACGCAUCACUCAGCAGCUGCAGCAACAGAUGCAGCAGCUCAACGCUGCCUCCAUGUGGGGAAACCUUACAGGACUGAACUCACUGGGGCCACAGUACCUUGCACUUUAUUUGCAGCUUCUACAGCAGUCUGCAUCCUCUGGAAAUGCGCUCAACAAUCUCCAUCCAAUGUCAGGUCUGAAUGCCAUGCAGAAUCUGGCUGCAUUAGCAGCAGCAGCGAGCGCUACACAGGCUACACCCACAGGUAGCAGUGCUCUGACCACCUCCAGCUCCCCUCUCAGUGUCCUCACCAGCUCAGGUAUGCCCUCCGGACAGCCCGCUCAAUCUGCCUGGGACGCCUACAAGGCGGGUUCCUCUCCCACCUCCAGUACUAGUAAUUCGGUGAACCCCAUGGCGUCUUUAGGUGCUCUUCAGUCUCUUGCUGCGGGCGCUGGAGCAGGUCUCAACAUGAGCUCCCUAGCAAGCAUGGCUGCUCUGAAUGGUGGUCUGGGCAGUGGAGGUCUUUCUAACGGCUCGGGGAGCACUAUGGAGGCUCUGACUCAGGCAGCCUAUUCCGGAAUCCAGCAGUAUGCCGCUGCCGCACUGCCAAGCCUCUAUAGUCAGAGUUUACUGUCCCAACAGAACGUUAGUGCCGCUGGCAGCCAGAAGGAAGGCCCUGAAGGAGCAAACUUGUUCAUCUACCAUCUGCCACAGGAGUUUGGUGAUCAGGAUUUGCUGCAGAUGUUUAUGCCUUUCGGCAAUGUUAUCUCUGCCAAGGUCUUCAUUGACAAACAGACCAACCUUAGCAAGUGUUUUGGCUUUGUAAGUUACGACAAUCCAGUUUCGUCCCAGGCGGCCAUUCAGUCAAUGAACGGUUUUCAGAUUGGAAUGAAGCGGCUGAAGGUGCAACUUAAACGAUCCAAAAAUGACAGCAAGCCAUACUGAGUGCUUUUACUCUCAAAUGGACUUGUUUUGAAAAUGUUUUUCUGGUAAGUGGAGUGUGACGUUGGAAAAUUAUAAUGACCCCACCCACCCUUAACACCUGCCUUUCCUAAUCUUUCUUUUACUUCUCUGGCCUCUCCUACAUAACUUCUCUCUUAACCUUAAAAACAAAGACAACAUGCAAAUUGUUAGCAUUAUGAAUUUGUUCCAAGGAGAAAUUCGUGUUUUUUUUUUUUGUUUUUUUUUUACACAUUUAUAUAUCUAAUUGUUUUGUGGAUAUUUUGUUUUCCCUCAAGUCUUUAUUAUUAUUUUUUUGGUGCCAUAUUACAAGUUUGCUGUGUAUAAAUCUAAAUCUUGCGUCAAAGGAUGUUGCACAAUGAAAGCCAGCCUGCGUGACUGCUUUCAGUCCCUUAGACUGUUGAUCAUCACGGUCUGGCCCCUGUAGAUGUUCUCCUGUGUUUACACUAGACUCUUGUAGUACAUUCGGACAGUGUAAUGCUGAUGCCUCCUCCUACAAUGCUGCCUUUCUAGAAAAUGAAGGAGGCUUGCUGCAUCGGUGCAAAAGAUAAUCAAUCAGUCACCUGAAUAUUGUAUUGAGCAUCUGGAAGGUCAGGCUGCACUUCACUAGACUCCGUUUUCAUGGAUGCCUUUUUAAUUAAUUCAUUUAUUUAUUUCACUAAUUUAUUUAUUUAUUUUUUUUAAUGUAUCUGUGUCUUCACAAUGAGGGUGAUGUAACAUUGCUUCAAAGUCUGUUUUAUGUAUUCUGUUGGAGGGCUCAACUAACAACAGUAAUGAUGAUAUGCUUUUUGCUUGUUUUUAAUUCACAUUCAUAUUUUUUCACAUUCUAAAAAGACAAACACUAAGCAAGGGUAUUAUAUCACGUGCUGGUUCAUAGAUGGUGGUCAAUCAUUUAGUAUUGCUAUUUUGCUGGAGAUGCUACACUUACUCUCAGGACAUUCUCACCAUUCUGUCAGACCAAAACUACUUGCCCAUUAUUCUACUCACCUGGUACAUGAUGAAAAAAGUGGAGUGCUUCAUUUCAGUUCAUGAAUCCUUUCUUAAAAGCCUCAAACAAAAAUACCAUUUUUUUUAUUCUCUGGAAAUUGCUGAAGAAUCACAAUGGUAGCACAUAUUUGUACACAAUCUACAACAUGACUUUUAUUUUGAUGGUCAUUCGAUACAUUAUCCUACACCUCGACUCAAGAGGUUGGUCUUGAAGCUUUUAGCAAUAUUUGCAUUCUGGAAAAGAGUGAGAGGUAAUGUUGCCAAGAACAUGAAAGAAGGAAGGAAGUUUACGAUUGCUGAAUUCACGGCCACUUAAUUGUCCGAAUGAAUUAAGUCAAUUCAAUAAGUAUUUUAUUCUCGGUGUUUGCAGGUGGUCUCUUUUACCCUGGUAUAUCAAGAGUCCUCGGACUCUCAGUUGACCUUGUGAUCGUGUAUUUGAGUCACUCCAUGCAGCUCACUUUAGUUGACCAUGGCAGUAAAUUAGUGUUAAAUAAAUACGUAAUCAAAUGUCCUGCGGGGUCGUGAAGAAGAUUGUUUUUAUGGAAUUGAGAAGAAAUCAUUAUUCAGAUAGUGUAUAUUACUUAACUAUUAUGCCUUUUCUAUUUUUAUAGAGGUUUUAUAAUAUUGCCUAAAUAAUUUCUCUGAAUUAAAACGGUUGUUUAAAAAAAUCACUCAAAAGAUUCAACAGUGUUUUUGUAGAAUCCUUAUGUGAAGUUUUGUGGAUACAUUCACCGAUUGUUAAAACGACUGAUGUGUGGCCAUUUUCACUAGUUUAAGUGUCCUCCGUUAAUCAAAAAAAAUUGUACCAAGAGCUUUUUUUUUAAGUCUGAAGCAGAUCCACGGUUCAGUCUAAAGUUCUUACUUAAGAUCUCUAAACUAAGUACAUUUACAUGUGCAGUGAUGAAUGCUGAAAUGUGCUUUUAUCAGAAGUCAUUCGUUUAUUUCCUCACUGCAUAACUUGAGCUCAGUCGCAAUUAGUAAAAAUGACUGAAAUAGGUGUAUUAGACUUUUUAUUUUUUAUUAUUGUUGUUGUUUGACAUUUACCUCACUAUUGUCUUCACUGUUUGAAACGCUUGUAUUUAUUAUUAAUGGUGUUUUUUUUAUUUUCACUGAUUAAUUGCAAAUUAGCCAAUUCUUGUUAACCUCACAGUCUUUCUAUUUUCAUUAAGUACAGACACACUUCCAACAAUCCAGGUGAGGAAACGUGUGCCACUCUUGCGACAGAUAUGCCGGUCUGUAUGCCUUUUUUAGAGACGCUUUAGACUGAACCCAGGUGUGAAGCCCAUCUUGAAGUGUUUAGAUGCUAGUGCAGGGAAUCCCGAGUCCCUGGUCUGUGCCUCUUUUCAAAUAAACGCAUACAUUACAAAAACCAUUUAGUGGAAGAAAAAUGCGAAGGCCUCGGUAAUGUCCGAGUUGCACCACGAAUCACCAUUUUGAACAAUCCAAAGAUUCUUGUGAACUUGUUCUAGGCAGGGAUUUUUGUUUGUUAGACAGAAUCUUUUCAUAGUUUUGUUGCUUUUCAUCCAGAGCAGAUUGACUGGCGUUUGUGUAAAGGUCUGCAGAUUUGUGCACCUUAAAACAACUCACAAGUGCAGAGUAGAGUCCACUUAUGUGCCAAAAACAUCAAGUCUUAAAUUUCUGUACACGUUUAAUAAUGAUGCUCUGUGUCCCAUCAUGUUGUUGUCCUUCACGGAGUUCAAUGUAGCUAAACUGUAUCCAUUUGUUACCCAUGGCAGGUGUUUUGUGAAUAAGAACCAAUAUGAGCAGCUCCAAAUAUGCAUUAUUCCACAGUCCCACACAAUUCAAAGUUGAAGCACAAAAUAAAGACUUUCACUGAAAGAGCUGAAACAUUGAAGCACAAUUUUUCUUUUUGUUUCUCUCUCUCUCUCGGUCUAAAAUCAAAAUGUGGUUGAAGUUAAACAUUUUUAUUUUUUUUUUUCAUUUGAGUUCAACUGUUGCUGUCGAGGACAGUGUCGCAGCUGUAGUAGGCAGGUUGUGUUUUCUCGACGUUGUCGUUUAAUGUUAUUCCCUUUGUUCACUAUUGGCAUGGUGCUUACUUCUCCCUCUUUCUUCCCACUUUUCUUCAUUGUUUCCUGUGUUGCAUUCAGUGUUUUGUGUUUAGACCAUGUGCAUCUUUGAAAGCCCAACCCCAUGUAAAAAUAAUCAUUCAUAAGUUUCUUUCAUCCCCUCUCCUUUUUCCGUUGUGCUUUAACCUAGGUUUGUUAUUCGUUUUUUUUUUUUUUGUUCUAGAUAUCUUCGUGCCCGUUUGUCAUCGUUUGCCUAGCAUGUCGAUGUGACGUCAAAAGUUCAUCGUCCAGUCCGUUGUCCUCUUCGCUUCUCUGACGCUUGAAAUUUCACACUUGACCUUUUUUGUUAACUUUUGACGCUUAUUGAUUACUUAUUUUGUUUGUUUCUUUGUGUGAUGUUCAUUUCUGUCAUUUGUGCUGCCAAUAGGGAGCGUUAGAAAGACUGCUAAAAGUGUAAAGUUUCAUGAAAAUUGUUCUGAGCAAAGAGUCUAUUUUUCUAGAACGUACAAACAUAACCACUAGAUUUUUGCAGAAGCUUUUAAUUUUCAAUGUUUAAUUUCUCAGAUUUAUUUUUUCUUUAUUGGUUUUUAUUGUUUUAAGCAGUCUUCCUAGCGCUUCCAAUUGUUUGUUGUUUUUGUUUUUCUUAAAGCAGCCAUUCAGUUUAUAGAAUCACUUUUUUUGUGUGUUCAAGUGUGGGUGUGUUUCCCUUUCUCUCACUUGUUAGUUCUAAAACUUUUAGAGGAUGUUUUCGUCACAUUUUGCUGAACUUGAGGAUAAACUUUGUAAUUUUGUGUUAGGUUAGUUGGCAUGAUGUAAUUUUGGGAGUUUUUAUUAACAGAGUGACAUUACAAUAGACACUUGAAUUGCCUUUUUUCUUUGUGUGUCGAGCCAACAUAGGCACAUGUUUUUCAUUUCCUUAUUGUGUGAAAAUCAGGAUUAGCUGAAAUAAUGCAUAGAAUGAGCAGAGUUGAAUUUCUUGUCACAGGUAAAUAUUAAGCAUGCAUGUUUUUUUGUAAGUGCACUGAAAUCCUCAGCAAAAUGUGAUCUAGUUCUGUUUCAAAAAGUCAAGAUGAAUAAAGUGGUGCCAAAAGUUUUGCAUGUUGCUGUUGGUUACAUUUGCAGUAUGUUUCACAUCAUGUUUAUGGCUCCUGCUAUAAUGACACGUACUCGUUUUGAUGGUUUAAGAGUUUUAAAAAAACAAUACAAUGUGUGUUUAGGUAGUGGGUUAAAGUGAGUUUUAAAUGCAUUCUUGUUACAAAAACUGAAGUGAUUUUCAAAUGAGCCCUGAGAUAUAAAUGAUUGUGCCUACAACAGCAAGGACAUAAGCUCUUUAAAAUGUUCAGUUAAUGACAAUUUGUUAUAACUAGACAGUUGGUCUGUUUUACACUCAGCUUGCAGGCAUUUUUUCCCCCCGUUCUGGCAUCUGUACAAGUUGUGAAGUUCUGGACUGAUUGGUAGUGCUCAACUUCAGCUUUGCCCCUAAACCUUUAGUUUGGGGGGGAAACUCUCUAAUGUCCAACAUGUCUACAUGGAUGAAGAGCUAUUUUUUAUUAUUAUUAUUAUUAAUAAGAUGUAUUCUGACAGAUUUAUCUAAUUGGGGGUUGAGGUGGUUGUUUUCUAUUUAGAUUUUAAGCUGCUGUUUUGUGAGUUUAUAUGUAUUCUGAGAAAAUUUCCUGUGGGAUGUUUGUCAUUACUGGUACAGAGUGAUUGUAUUUAACAUUUAAGAUUUGUACAGAUUUUGCCUUUUCUACUUCAUAAGUUGUUUCACAAUGUAAGUCCCAGUAAGUAGAAGCAUGUAGACUGUAACGCCAUGACCAAACAUCAACCUGUACAAAAUAACCAAACCACAAAAAAAAAAAAAAAAAAAAAAAAAAAAAUCAACUCCACAAAACAGCCUUUAACGGGAGAUUUUUUUUAUUUUAUUUUUUUGGUCAUUCAAGUUGUGUGGUUUUCAUUGGAAGUGUAGAGAGUGCAGAAUUUAUUAGAUGUCUGAAACAAGUGUGUUUGUAUUAAGUUGGUUGUGGAUUUUAUGCUACUGUCUCUACAGAAAUCUAGAAAAGUGGACACCUACAAAACAGUCAUCUGGUAGUUUAUCUUUAGUUCAUGUAUGAUUAAACUGUUUGAAAAGA